AUGCCUGUCCUUACUUAUUGUCAUCUAGAAGGUAAGAUAUCUACGAAAUACUUAGCACCUAUCCCUACAAAUAUACUGAGUCUGGAGAUGGGUAUAUCAACUCUACUUGGCGCGCGCGGGGGACAGUUUAGGAGGAGCCGAGAAAAAUACAUGGACUGUCGCAACAGCAUUGCAGCUCGAGUUCAGGGGGCAAAGUUUCUUUUUGUGCCUCUCACCAUUCAUCAUCUAACAAACUCCGCUUUAAAAAAAAAAAUUUGGUUGCGUAUAUGCAAACAUUUUCUUCGGCUUCGCAAUGCCGAAAAAAGUGAAAACAUUCCCCAUUUUUUCGACUCCUUCCAAACUAAUACUUUAUCAAAGUAAAUCUUUUGGAGGAUCGAUAAUUUUUUAGUUUAAACUGAAUUUGAGGAUCUGACGUAAUGUGAAAACUAGCAAUAAAUUUGCAUAGUUGCUGGCCAUGUGAGUGAUCUAGUAUGGGGCGUUGGCUUUACUAGGUCUCAAAAUAUAAGCCAAGCAAAAACAACAAUAAAAUUCGAUGCAGUCAGUCUAUACCCUGGUCCAAGAGGUUUUUCUUGAAAUCUUUCUUCAAGAAAGAAAAAAAAAAAGUUUUCUUCGUGACUCCUUGUCGCCGCUUUGCGGCUCGCUUUCUCUUUGGCAAAGAAAAAUUUCAAGAAAAACCUCUGGAACCAGGUAGUCAAUCUAAUAAUCGCAUUUGCUUUCGUUUAAUUAUCCAGAAAGAAGCUGUAGUGACAUUAAAGCUCAAAAUCCUCGGGCCACGAGUGGCUCUUACGUCAUCGACCCAGAUGGCGACGGAGGCAACGAGCCUUUUACUGUCUUUUGUGACAUGGCUGACAAAAACGGUGUCGGCGUGACGGUAGUAGGUCACGACAGCGAAGCUAGAACGCUAGUUGAUGGCUACGAAGGACCAGGGAGUUACGUGAAAUAUAUCACCUACACUGCAACGGGGCUUACCGACGUGGCACAGUUAGCAGUGCUGGCAGAUGUUUCCGCUCACUGCGAACAGUUUAUUAAGUAUGAAUGCUAUCGUGCCCUUCUUUUCAGAGAUGAUGAAUGCUGGUGGGUAUCACGUGACAACGAAAAGAUGAUCUAUUGGGGCGGAGCUAGACCAGAUGAUUACAAAAAGUGCGCAUGUGGGGUGACAUCGCCAAACUCCUGCGUAGACCCUAAUUAUGGAUGUAACUGCGAGAUGAAUGAUGCCACGUGGCGCGAAGACAGCGGUUUACUAACUGAGAAAUCCCAACUUCCGGUGAUGGAGUUAAGAUUUGGGGACACUGGUGGCUCGUCAGAGAGAGGCUAUCACACCCUUGGAAAAUUCAAGUGUUACGGUUAGCCAGCCCAAUAUUGGCUUCCUUAGUAUUAAGCCUGAUAAAUAAAAAAAGAAAAGGAGUUUUGUCACAUUAAAUCCAACUCUGUAAGGGACGGUACUGUUUCACGGCUGUCCAAUUCAUUUUGUUUCUAAAGAAUGUCUCUAAUGUCAUCUACGCUUUUAGGUACUUUUGUUAAUACUUCUUAGUUAAGUUUAAAACAUUGUAAUUAGUAAUUAGCUAACAUUGUAAUUAGUAUUAGAUUAAGUGUUGUAAUUAGUUAUUAUAAAUAAUGUAUUUAAAUAUAAUCAUUGAAAAGCCCCUUUGGGAGGUAACAAUAAAGUAUUUAAGCAAUAGAAAACGUUUUCCGUGUUUGCAUAACCUGAUAUAAACACGAGAGGGGUUGGGAGAAUUCGAGACAGUUCGAAACCCUCGAAUUCGAGACUGUUCAAACCCUCGACUUCGUCUCGGGUUUGCAUAACCGUCGAGAAUUCUCUCAACGCCUCGAGUGUUUAUAUCAGGCUAUGCAAACACAGGAAAAAAGUUUUCUAUUGCUUUUAUAAAAUAACUUUCCCGAGAAAAAAACGCAAAACUCUUUGUAUGGCACUGAUUAAAAGAGAAAUUCUUUCCAGUCGCAAAAUCUUGUCCACGAAGUCUUGCACGCGUAACGAGUUCUUGUUUUGCAAAAAAGAUGCUUUGCAAAAUGCGGAUUUUUCUCGCUUUAAAUGUCAGCUUAAGCGAAGAAAAAUUGACUCACCUUCUUUGUAACGAUUUUCCAUGUUUCACUCCGAGGAAGGAAUGGGUAAAUAAAGUAAACUUGUCGAGUUUUGAACUGGAAAACUUUUUCAAAUUCGUGCAAGCCAAACAACUUGACGCCACAACCAUGUUUACAUACUCUCAUGCAAACACUCCUCUCGGCCAAUCAGAGCGCCCGUACUAUCUUAGUUAUUUUGUAAGUAUGUAUGUAUGUAUGUACGCCGCAUCGAUAUCCGCUAUAAUACUUGAGAAACCUGUGAAUAACAAAAUCACAGGUUCGUGUCAAAGGAUUCGUCUCUAAAGCAUUAUAUCCAUGGUUGCAAACAGCAAAAAUGACCUUUGAAAAACUGUUAGGUGACAACGUUUUUAAAAACCAUACUUGCAAUCCCUUUCAAUCUUCUUUAAGUUAGUCCAUCCCCGCUUCUCUCUGAAAUUGCUGUAUCAUUUAUACCUUCUUCUGACGUCUGAAGCGGUGAGUUUUAAUGUUUCACUCAAUUUGGCGAUAGUUCCCACGGUUUGAAUUUUGAUAAAUUUCGCGACACAGCUUCUUUAAGAGGCUUUAGCAUCGAUUGUCCAAACUUUAUUUCUAGAUAUUGCCUUCCUUUUGGGUGGUCUAUAAACGAUUCUUCCUCAUUGGAGCCAUGCAAGAUAAAGUCAAGCAAAAAAGUGAGCUUUGUUGCGUCGCAAAAUGUACAAAAUAACACAAGGCAUUUAUACCGCGAAAUGUAACAUAACAUAUGGUAUAAAACCGAAGUGUAAUAAGUAAACUUUUAAAGGAAAAUGUAGCACCUUUUUCAUUAAAAAAAGAAACAGUUAACGGUGUUUGCCUCUUUUAAAUAUUGACAAAGGGAUGUUAUUAUUCAUCAUAAAGAGUACCCGAUUAAUAGUGAAUAAAAUGACACUAUUCCCACCUCAGCGUUCAUUUUGUUGAACUCGAUUUAGUGCGUUUACAUUAUUGUCUUCCCUUAAUCUUGCUUAUGUUAGACAACCCCUAAACUAACCCCCGCCCAAAUGAUACAGGGAGCUUGGUUCACGGCUUGGGCAAAUGGUAAGCAAAAUUCAGGACAGGUAAAUUUCGUUCCGGAAUCGCGUUUACUAUUUGUACAAAUAAGUUCCAUCUACCUAAAAAAGAAUGCAAAGUCCUGAAAUUGGUAUCAAAGAUUGCGUUUAAGAAGUGGAACCUGUACACAAAUUUCUUUUUGGACCAUUCCGUCCGAAAAAGAAAAAACAGGACUAUUUUUUCAGAUGUCCCGUCGCUCUGCUGGAAUGACCCAAAAAGUCGAGUUUCAUUUACUUCCCAACCCGAUUUUUCGGAAACGCUUUGUAAAGGGCAAACAACCUUGAUUCACAAGGGACCGUUUUAUAUAUUGGCUCCGUUCACAAGGCACUUUAAUUUGCACGGCUUGGCGUCUAAAUUUUCAUACGGAGGUAGUUCAUUGUGAACGGAAGGAAUAAUUUAAAAACGCACGAAUUUUCAACAGGUGGAAAAUUCGUCCGGUGGUGAGUGUGGUCGUGCCUUAAUACUGCACAUGUGGGGCACGUGCAGCACACUUUUUUUUGUACAUUUCUUUACAGUCAAUGCACAACUAUAAAGUGGAAUUCCCUCACGUGGCGUUUUAAGGAGUACGUAACCCUGCAGUUCUUUCUUUUUCUUUCUUCUUUCCUUACUCUGAAAAAGACAAACGCACAACAGUCCUAUUUAGGACUUGACGUAAUGUGAAAACUAGCAAUAAAUUUGCAUAGUUGCUGGCCAUGUGAGUGAUCUAGUAUGGGGCGUUGGCUUUACUAGGUCUCAAAAUAUAAGCCAAGCAAAAACAACAAUAAAAUUCGAUGCAGUCAGUCUAUACCCUGGUCCAAGAGGUUUUUCUUGAAAUCUUUCUUCAAGAAAGAAAAAAAAAAAGUUUUCUUCGUGACUCCUUGUCGCCGCUUUGCGGCUCGCUUUCUCUUUGGCAAAGAAAAAUUUCAAGAAAAACCUCUGGAACCAGGUAGUCAAUCUAAUAAUCGCAUUUGCUUUCGUUUAAUUAUCCAGAAAGAAGCUGUAGUGACAUUAAAGCUCAAAAUCCUCGGGCCACGAGUGGCUCUUACGUCAUCGACCCAGAUGGCGACGGAGGCAACGAGCCUUUUACUGUCUUUUGUGACAUGGCUGACAAAAACGGUGUCGGCGUGACGGUAGUAGGUCACGACAGCGAAGCUAGAACGCUAGUUGAUGGCUACGAAGGACCAGGGAGUUACGUGAAAUAUAUCACCUACACUGCAACGGGGCUUACCGACGUGGCACAGUUAGCAGUGCUGGCAGAUGUUUCCGCUCACUGCGAACAGUUUAUUAAGUAUGAAUGCUAUCGUGCCCUUCUUUUCAGAGAUGAUGAAUGCUGGUGGGUAUCACGUGACAACGAAAAGAUGAUCUAUUGGGGCGGAGCUAGACCAGAUGAUUACAAAAAGUGCGCAUGUGGGGUGACAUCGCCAAACUCCUGCGUAGACCCUAAUUAUGGAUGUAACUGCGAGAUGAAUGAUGCCACGUGGCGCGAAGACAGCGGUUUACUAACUGAGAAAUCCCAACUUCCGGUGAUGGAGUUAAGAUUUGGGGACACUGGUGGCUCGUCAGAGAGAGGCUAUCACACCCUUGGAAAAUUCAAGUGUUACGGUUAG